UCUCUCUCUGAAUCAUUUGCGGUGGUUUGCUUAGUUUGGGUCACUUCCGUUUCCCUCUCUCAUACACAAACACACACUCCCACAGCUCCAAAAAACCCAAAACCCUAACUCUCUCGCGCGUUCUUUCUCCCUCGUCCCCAACCAUGAAUUGUUCCAUCUCCGGCGAAGUUCCGGAAGAGCCCGUUGUAUCCAGGAACUCUGGUCUUCUUUUCGAGAAGCGUUUGAUUGAGCGACACAUUUUGGAUUAUGGCAAGUGUCCAAUUACUGGCGAACCACUGACUAUGGAUGACAUUGUACCAAUCAAGACAGGGAAGAUAGUGAAGCCCAGACCUGUCCAGGCAGCUAGCAUCCCUGGGAUGCUUGGAAUGUUCCAAAAUGAAUGGGAUGGCUUGAUGCUAUCUAAUUUUGCAUUGGAGCAACAAUUGCACACGGCAAGGCAAGAGCUAAGUCAUGCUCUCUAUCAGCAUGAUGCUGCAUGCCGAGUUAUUGCUAGACUUAAAAAGGAACGAGAUGAAGCUAGGUCUUUACUUGCACAAGCAGAAAGGCAGUACCCUGUUUCUGCACUAAAUGCUCCAACUGCAAAUGCCCCUGUUCUGAGCAAUGGGAAAAGAGCUGCUGAGGAUGAGGAUCUGGCUCCUGGUGCAAAGAAAAUUCAUCCUGGAAUAUCUUCUAGCAUAAUUUCUGAGCUAACUGAUUGCAACGCUGCUCUCUCCCAGCAGAGAAAGAAGAGACAGAUUCCUGGCACUUUGGCUCCUAUUGAAGCUCUAGAGUCAUAUACCCAGAUAUCUAGUCACCCCUUUCACAAAACAAACAAACAGGGCAUUAUAUCUCUUGAUAUCCUUUAUUCUAAGGACUUAAUUGCAACUGGAGGUAUUGAUACAAAUGCUGUUAUUUUUGAUCGACCUUCAGGACAGAUAUUAUCUACACUAAGUGGUCACUCCAAAAAGGUGACCAGUGUAAAGUUUGUAGCUCAGGGUGAAUCAAUCUUAACUGGUUCAGCAGAUAAGACAGUUCGUUUGUGGCAAGGGUCAGAUGAUGGUAACUAUAACUGCAGGCACAUCUUAAAGGAUCAUACAGCAGAGGUGCAAGCUGUCACUGUCCAUGCUACCAAUAAUUAUUUUGUGACUGCUUCACUUGAUGGCUCUUGGUGCUUUUAUGAACUUUCUUCAGGGACAUGUUUGACUCAGGUUUUUGACACUUCAGGUUCUUCUGAAGGCUACACAUCAGCUGCUUUUCAUCCUGAUGGUCUCAUCCUUGGAACUGGCACCACAGAAUCUCUUGUUAAGAUUUGGGAUGUAAAAAGCCAGGCAAAUGUUGCUAGGUUCGAUGGACAUGCUGGUCCAGUAACUGCCAUUUCUUUUUCUGAGAACGGAUACUUCCUUGCGACUGCUGCUCAUGAUGGUGUUAAGCUUUGGGAUCUACGGAAAUUGAAGAACUUCAGGAAUUUUGCUCCAUAUGAUUCCGAGACACCAACAAACUCUGUGGAGUUCGACCACAGUGGAUCCUACCUUGCAAUUGCUGGCUCUGAUAUAAGGAUUUACCAAGUUGCAAAUGUGAAAUCUGAAUGGAACUGUAUUAAAACCUUCCCCGAUUUAUCCGGAACAGGUAAGGCCACGUGUGUAAAAUUUGGUGCAGACUCUAAAUACAUAGCUGUUGGAUCAAUGGACCGGAAUCUUCGAAUAUUUGGCUUGCCUGGCGAAGAUGCUCCCACCGAGUCAUAAAAUGCGUCAGUUGUACAGGCCAAAAUGUUGUUUUGGAGUGACUGUUGCUGCCAUUUGGUGCUUGGUCAAAAUCAUGGAUUUGGAGAAGUUAAUGAAGGUAGUGGUUUCUUUGAUUAUUUGGUCUUGGUUCUCACAUACCAUGGUGUAUGAGGGAUGGAGCAAAUGUACUUUCAGGCUUUCUGCAGCAACAUUACUAUGCCUUGGCCUUUGAUCAUGGCUGCUAACCUAAGUCACAGAAGCUGCAAUAUUUGCCUUGUCUUCAAAACCUCGAAGCUUAUGUUGUCCGUAGAUAAUUUUGUAACGUAAACUGUUAAAUUAGUGAGAUAACUGAUUUCUCGGCCAUUUCAUUGGAAAUUUAUAUGGUUGUAACUAUUCUUAUUCGGGGUGCUUUUCUUGAUUUAUUAGACAUUAUUAAAAAAAAAAAAAAAAGAGCAAUAGACAUCAACUUGUAGUAGACUAGUUAUGAAAAAUCAUGUUGAGCAAAACUUUUUUUUCUCAUUUAAGUAAUGUAAAAGAUUAAAAGACCAUUCGAUUGGACUAAUGGGAUGCCUGAAACAUAUUUUGUUUGUUGCUUGAAA